AUGUGGGAACCAAAUUCUGAUGAAAAAUGGGGUCCUAGUUAUCAUGAUAUCGACCAAUUCUUUAGUUAUGGUUAUUAUGGUGAUUAUGGUUAUCAUCACAAUAGAAACAUCUGUGAUGAUCAACAACCAUACAACUCUAGUUAUUAUCAAGACAACCAGUAUGGCAAUGUUGACAGUCAGAUGUGGGUUAACUCUCUUCAAAACGGACUAUCGGAACUCUCAAUUGCAGAUGGAAAUGAAUCAUCGAAUGCGGUACAUGAGCACAUGCAGGUACAGGAGGACCUGCAACUGCAAGUACAACCGUAUGCGAUACAGGAGCAUCGGCAGGUAUCAUAUCCGGUGGAGGAGAACCUGCAAGCAGUAUCAUCAAAUGCAGUACAGGAACACCUGCAGCCAUCGUAUCCAGUGGGCCGAUUCCAAGCAUACACUGGUAAUUAUCAAGAUUGGUAUUACGGUCCACCAUCAUCGAGCUACUAUUAUGGUGAUGAAACAAAGCAACUGGAAGCAUCAGCUCCAUCCUCCAGCCCCGAAAACCAACCUAGCGAUUGGGAAGAGAACUCUUACACUUUCGAGAUCAAAGAUGAACCUCAGAUUGACGGGGAAGUUGGUAAGAGGCUAACUGAAAUUACCCCCGUAGCUCAUACUCCAAAAAUUAAUGGAGAUAUACCUUCCAUGGAUGAAGCUUCUUCUGAUCAUCAGAGACUACUGGAUAGGUUGGAAUUAUAUGGCCUGGUUGAGUCUAAAGUUGAAGGUGAUGGUAACUGUCAGUUCCGUGCUUUAUCGGAUCAGUUAUACCGCACACCAGAGUAUCACGAAUCUGUGAGACGGCAGGUUGUUAAGCAGCUUAAAUCGCAUCCAGAAAUGUAUGAAGGAUAUGUCCCGAUGGCAUAUACUGACUACUUGAGUCAGAUGUCUAUGAACGGAGAGUGGGGAGAUCAUGUCACCUUGCAGGCAGCUGCAGAUUCGUAUGGUGUCAAAAUCCUCGUGCUAACCUCUUUCAAAGAUACCAUUUUCAUUGAGAUUCUUCCCAAGGUCCUAAAGUCGAAAAGAGUUGUUUUCUUGAGUUACUGGGCUGAAGUACACUACAACCCGAUCUAUCCUGCUGAUCAAGAAGAGUUGCCACCAUCCAGACAUGAGGAGGAUGAGAAGGAGGAGGUGGAUAAGAAGGAAGAGAAAAAGAAGAGCAAGAAGAAGUGGUGGAACUUAAUCAAGAGCAGACACCAGUCUUAUAUAUCCCGAUUGAAAAGAUGA